AUGGAUUGUGCUCAGUUGAAAUCUAUCGUUUCCCUUGUGGAUUCUCUUCUACGUAACACGCAUGUCAGAAAGUCACGUGUGCUGUCAUCAAAUCAAGUUCCUGUUGGUGAAUCAUCCUUGGCUCCUGUGUCAAGCAAGUCUCUAACUGACUUCUCCAUCUGCAGCAUCCUGGGUCUAGAACAUGAAAUCAGUCAACCUUCCCCAAGUUCCGGUAAGUUAAGAAUAUUCUAGCUUCCGAUACUCCGCGAGGCCUUAGUCGAGGGCAUCAUUUGGCAUUUUUGAUAAUUUUCAUCCUAUUGCCUUUCUACUAUUUCAAUCCAUCUCUGAGUGAACAGAAAAAGAGCAAUACUCCGCUUCAGACAGGAGAUUUCUGUUGUUAAAACGUCUAGCCAUUAGAGCGGUAUUAUGAAACGACUUAUAUCUAUCCAACCCGAAAAUUGUCCGUAGGAAUAAACAUUAAAACACGUGUUCAUAUUUAUGUUGACUACUUGUAUUUAAGUGAUAUCAAGAGGAAAUAAUAGGUGACUUGUGAAAAACUAAAAUUCAAUUCUUCUUUAAUUUACAGAAUGCAACAGUGAUACCAGUCCGCCGUUAUCGCCUUACUCCGACUGCGCAAGUCCGCGUCCCAGCCACAGGGCAACCAGUCCACCGUUAACUCCUUACUCUGACAUCACAAGUUCCAGCAGCUAUUGUGACAGUGGGCCCGAUCAAGCUUCGACUCCAACCGAACAUUCAGCAACGAAGAAGCGACAGCGUACGACCUUCUCACCGAUCAAAGUUUGGGAGCUGGAACGAGCAUUCAGACGGCGGCCAUAUUUGCUAAAAGAAGACGAGGAGGAACUGGUACAAAGACUCGGAAUCACGGCUAAAAGUGUGAAGGUGAGUUUCUUUCUUUCAUGUUUCCUAUCAUGAACGUAAAUAACGAGAAACAAUGUGUAUUUGCACCCUAGGAGGGACGGAAUUUCAAUUCGCAGCUCGGCAACUGUAAAGCGAUUUUUCAGUCCGAAAUAUUUUGAAAAGAAGAAUGCAUUUGUUCGAAUUCCGACGUAUAACAGUAAUUUUAUGUGAUCUUGCAAAUAAAAGUAAAACUUAUGGUUUGUCAUUGUAAUUUCCUAAAUUUCUUCGAAACAAAGUCAUAGUGUUUUCUUUAAGUGAUGUGACAUACUACAAUGUUGCAGUUGAUCUAUUUUUCAGUCAGAAAAACGGUUCGGCAAAUGUAUACAAAUCAAUGGUACUGUGUGGUGCCGUGCCGGUGUAGAUUAUUGCCAUGUUACUGCCCCAAUUUAGUUAAUUUUUGUUCUCUAUAAUUUCUUGCAGUAUUGGUUUCAAAACCGACGAGCCAAGUCUAGGAAACUGGAGAGAGAGAUUUCAUCCGUCUGUCAUACGAGCCUGCCAAACCAGUUUGUUCGCCGACCCUAUCCAGCCUGGAAACAGGGCGAACGAGUGUCCUGUCCAGCGAUGGAAAGCUACUUUAGAGAUAACCGGAGAACAGUUGCCAGUCGUCAACUCUCAGUCAAGUCAAACAGUGUACUGAAGUUCCACCCUGACCAGUUCACAAUCAGACCAGUUGAGCCGGCAAGACUACCGUACAACCGUGCCUCGUACAGAUAUCAACCAUACUAA